AUGACAACGAACGUGACCCAAAGCAAAGAUGUGGGCAUUGCCAUUGCUGAUAUUUGUAGAGGUACCAUCAUCAUCUUUCUCUCAACAAUAUCAAUCAUUGGUCAUUCUAUCAACAUACGAGCUAUUCAUCACGUGUCAAGCCUGGGCAUGAGUGGCGCCACCAAGCUGCUUUACAGAGCCUUGUCUGUGGCGGAUAUCCUGACCUGUACAGCACUCAUCUUCGGAGUCAGUAUUGGAUUGACUGGAGCAGAAACAGUCCACAGCAUUGAGAUCGUUUGUAAGCUGACUGGUUUGUUGAUGACUUGUGCUCCAGGCACCAGUGCUAUCUUCAUCCUCCUGCUCAACGUUGAUCGCUUCAUCUAUAUAACAAGACCCCUCUUGUAUCAUUCCAUAGUGACGACACGAAAGACUGCCAUUGGAAUUGGCAUUGCCAUUCCCUAUGUGUCGGUAUCUGUGGCUUCUUCUUCCUUUAUCCACGACAAGGAUCUCUCCGUCAUACGCCACCAUGAGUCCAUCUUCGUUUGCAAAGUGGCAUUCUCUGAGCCCUCGUUCCUUCCCAAAACACUCGUUAUGUUUUCCUUUAACAUGUGGCCGGUGGCACUGAUUCUUAUUGUCAUUUAUUGCAAAAUCAUCAUGAUAUCUCGCCAGCAUAUAGCUAGAAUCAACGCUCAUCGACAGGUGUUGAAGAUAGCCCAGCAACCUAGAGGCAACAGCAAUGCGUCAGGUGAAAAAGAUGUAGUACGAUCUGCGGCGCCAAACUUUGACUCGUCACUCACGCGUUCCUUUCGACAAAACAUCCGUACCCUCUGGACACCGUUGUUGAUCACAGGAUGCUACCUCCUAUCAUGGAUACCAUUCUCUGUUUUAGAGGUUUAUAUUGCUGUGACAAAAUCAACUGACCUUCUUAAUGGGAGUCUUUAUAUAACUGUUGCAACUGCCGCGGCGUUGAACAGUAGUGCCAAUCUUCUUGUUUAUUACCUGUCCAGGAAAGACCUACGACAGGCUGUCAAACGGGUUUUAUGCAGACGAGAGAACUAA